AUGAGCAUGUUCCUUCAGAAGCUACAGGAACUGUGGGAGUACGAUGACGCUAUUUGUUGUGCGGUCGAGCCAGGGCAGCGGCCAGGCCGAGAGGACGAUUUGAAUGCGUCCAAUGCGCAGCCGUUGUGUGACUCGAGUGAUCUUGCUCAGUUGGGUGAGCUUGAGCCCUUGCCGCAAGACUCGCCGGUGCCUCCGACAAUCGAAGCAGCGGAAGCAGAGGCAACAGCACAGCAUGGCUUAGACUCUCCAGACAGCAAGGAGCACGAAAGACAAGAAGCGGAGGUGGAAGAUGACUUUGCUGCCAGCAUCCGCCGGCUGCAGGAGCAGGUGUUCAAGCUCUGCGGAGGCUCUGGCAAAGGCAGCAUCGAAGUGAGCGGUUGGGUGAUCUGUGCGGGGCCGGGACUGCGUUGCAACAUCUCCGGACUCACGGGUGUCGAGGAAGAGAAGCACAUGAAUCAAAUUGUCACUGUAAGGAUUGCGAGAACUCAGGAGCGGUGCCAGCAGUGCGAGCGUUUCGCAGAUGCUGUUGCCGAGGCAGAGUGUGCGUUGGGAGCCGCAGAACUGGCGCCCACAAGCGCCUUGGUAAAGAUUCAAGCGCGGUUGCGGACAAAGACACCGCCGUCAGAAGCAAACCGAGCGCCUCGAUCGGGCGCACCCCUGAAGUGUCUUGUGAUUGACUUCAGGAAGAAGACCCGGACCAAGACGCCCGAGCGUGAGGUGCACUUCGUACGCCAACUUCCAGACCACCUCCGCGGAUCCAGAGGUGGGCAUCCGCAGAAGAGACUCAGGACAAAGACGCCUGACAGGGAUGUGCGCUGGGUGAGAAGUGGGCCACGCCCGCCAAGCGACAGGCAAGCAGGCCUGAGGCAGGAGACACCCAGGCCAAGAGCAGGAAUCCAAGAGCCGCGAGUCAAGUCAGCAGAGGACGGGCAGGUGGUGCCAUCUGCGUUGAAGGAGCACGAAUAUUGGAUGCUGGGUCGUCCGAAAGUCCAAGACAACGGAGACUUCAGCGCGGCCCUCCAGGACAGACGGCCACAUGGCAACAGCAAGCGCCGGACAACUCCAAGGCUGGCGUCCAAGUCCACCUUGAAGGCGCAGGAACUCGAGGACCACCGUAGUGUUGUGGAGCCGGGACAGGAAUGCUUUCCACGGCUGAUCUCUCCGAAGUCGGAGGCCGAGGCUGCAUCAAGCAACCCUGACAGAGGAUCCGACGAUGAGAUGUGGGAGAUGUGGAACCUCUUGCAACCAACAGACGAGGAGGCUGAUGAGACCGCAACCCGCGACCGCAUCAUCACGCUGAUCAAGAAGAUGCUGGCCUUUAGGGGCAUGCGCUGCCCAUCUGGACAGCGGUAUUAUGCCAGGAGCGAUGUGCUGGCACUCUUUCACAAGCUUUUCCACAAGGUGAAGAAGCUCGGCGGCGAGAAGGUGUGGCGCGGACAAGCGGUCCGUUAUGUCCACGAUCUAUUCCUGGAGUUGGACAGAGAGUCAAGAUUUGGCGGGAAGCUCUUGCACCAAAAUGCUUCCUUCUGGAAAGGAUCUCUCCUGCUUCUGCUCAAGCACCUAGGGGAACCUCAUGAUGAAGUGGAAAAGCUGCAGAGACAGUAUUACAUGAAGCAUGGGCGCAGAUCACAGAAAACCGUAUGCCGUCCGGCGUUCAAGGACAUUGGCCAUUACUACGCGGAGUGCCAACCUCGCACAAAAGACUUCGAAGUGGACCCAGAGACUCCAAGUUUCACAGCCCGGCACAGGCGGCCCCGGCUGCCACGGGAAGCGAAGGAAAAUCAGAAGACGAAGGACUACCCAGUGCUCUUUGUCUACCUGGUGCGCCCGGACAACUCGACCUAUCCCUGCCGCACGGGAAAGUCGGUGACAGUGCGACAAUGCGUCCAGGAAGCCUUCGAGGAUGCGCCAUACGACCCUGAUUGUUACUUCUGCCUCUACGAAAAUGAGGCUGUGCCUCUGGACACGGAGAUUGGCAAUAUCCCGUGGCAGGGCGAUCGCAAACCCCGACUCCUCUUCGCCUACCUGCGCAACAGAGCGAGGCACAUGCUGGAGGAAGCUCGGAAAGCGGCUGCGUGCUGUGGUCAAGGCGGCGGCCUCGCUGCCUGA